UCAGUACAUGGACAGGUCCAGCGUGGAGUCCAGCUCAAUGUCUUUCAAGUGUUCUGAUCUCCAUUCAGUCUCUCAUGAAUGAGAAACCAUACCACAAUGAACCAGGUUUUGAACAGGAACGGCAGCCUGGUGACUGUGAGCGUUAUAAUGACUGUAUUCGCCAUGAAACCAUAAGGGUUGCUGUUUGUGAUGUGUUAGAUAACGUCAACCCAAUCAUGCCUUCACCUCUGAGAGAGGUGAUUAAGAAAUCAUUUCCAGAGUUUUAUGAAUACUACUUGAGUGCAGUGACUGAAAGAUUACACCUGACUGGACAAACUAUGCAGGAUCCAUAUGGUGAAAAGAGAGGAAAGUUCCAGUACAGCACAUUGAAAACUCGCCUAGAGGGUUUAAAAAAAAGUUUAGACGAAGAAGGAUUGGAUAAGGCAUCAGAUGGUGAUUGUAGUAGCUCUUCAGACAAUGAGAUGGACACAUGUGCUUCACUAUCAGUCCACUAAACAACUGGUGUUUGACUUCUCGAACAGUGUGUAGCAGUUGAUUCAAAGCUUUAUGCCACUCAAUUUUAAGACUGAAACACUGCCCUAACUUGCCUUCAAUGUAGGGGGAUGCCUCUUUUUUGAAAGGACAAGGGCACCAAGGCAUAUUCUCCUUUAGGCCUAUAUAGGACUCUUCCUCUGUACGCAG